CUUCACAGGACCUUCAAGACGAUCAUAUCUCAACACAGGAAUACACAGGGCGAUUAUUAACGCAGCAUUCGUUCACAUAUACGAUUCUCACUGUUAAGAUUAUUCAUAAUCCACAAUGGAUCUUUUACCUGAGAAUAACGUGACAGAAGAGGUUCUGGAAUACCCGGUAUGCUCGGAAUGGAAGGAACAUCCCGAAGGAUCGGUAUUUCAUCUCGCGCACAUUUUGCUGGUUUUGGGAUUUAUGGGAGGCAGUGGCUUUUAUGGAUUACUCUACAUGUUCUGCUUUUUAACACUGGGCUUUUUCUGUUACUCGAUCUGGGCUUGGUCUGACCCCUGCACGACCGACUCGUUUUCGUGGACUUUUGCGCUUUUCGCCUUCUGUUUGGGACAACUUAUCCACGUGGCGUACCGAUUACGAAGCGUCACUUUUGAAAAGGAGUUCCAGGAUCUGUACGAAUGCUUAUUCAAAAAGCUGGGGGUGUCCUUAAUACACUUCGGGAAAAUCGUGGAGUCAUGUGAAGGCGAUGUGCACACUAUUGAGAAAGACCACUUCUUCGCCAUGGAGGGUAAAACGCCUAUUGACAAACUGUCAGUUCUUGUUUCAGGCAGGAUACGAGUGACGGUGAACGGGGAGUUUUUGCACUUCAUCUAUCCAUUUCAGUUCCUGGACUCUCCAGAAUGGGAUUCCCUCAGACCCUCAGAAGAAGGUUUUUUUCAGGUUACAUUACGCGCGGAUAUCCGUUGUCGGUACGUGGCGUGGCGGAGGAAGAAACUGUACCUGCUGUUCGCGCAGCACCGCUACAUCGCCAAGAUCUUCGCGCUGCUGGUGCGCAAUGACAUCGCGGAGAAACUCUUCUCCCUGAACGACAAGGCUUUCGACAUACGCGGGUUCCGCUAUGAUCUCCGGUUACCGAGCUUCUGUAACGGGCCGGGCCCAGAAUUAGCAAACACAAAUGAAUCUCGGCCAGUGCUGGGACAGAGUGAAACCAAACCGGCAUAGAGAGACUCGUGAAAAGCGCACACUCGAAUGUCUUAAAUGAUUGUGGUCCUAACUUUUUAUUCUCCAUUUUUUAUAUAUCUUGAAUCUGCGUGAGAAUGUAUGAGUGCUUCUUUUUUUUUUUUUUUUUUUUUUGUAUAUUAUUGUAUUUAAUUUUAGUUUUCACAGUUGGGACCCUGGACCACUAAACCAGUAUUACGUUGCACAGGUAAAUAAAAAUUAUUAGAGUCUUUCAUACAAAAUAAAACAUUAGAAUAGUAAGGCAUUGAUACAAAUGCUUCUUUAAAUACAGUUGAAGUCAGAAUUAUUAGCCCCCCUUUGAUUUUCUUCUUUUUUUUACAUUUUCCAAAUUACAGUAUAUCUAACAGAGCAAGGAAAUUUUCACAGUAUGUCUGAUAAUAUUUUUUUCUUCUGGAGAAAGUCUUAUUUGUUUUAUUUCGGCUAGAAUAAAAGUAGUUUUGAAUUUUUUAAAAACCAUUUUUCUGACAAAAUUAUUAGCCCCUUUAAGCUAUAUUUUUUGGUUAACCACAGAACAAACCAUCGUUAUACAAUAACUUGCCUAAUUACACUAACCUGCCUAGUUAACCUAAUUAACCUAGUUAAGCCUUUAAAUGUCACUUUAAGCUGUAUAAAAGUGUCUUGAAAAAUAUCUAGUCAAAUAUUAUUUACUGUCAUCAUGGCAAAGAUAAAAUAAUCCAGUUAUUAGAAAUAUCUUCUCUGUUAAACAGAAAUUGGGGGAAAUUUAACAGGGGGCUAAUAAUUCUGACUUGAACUGUAUAUCAAAAUAUUUUUUUUUAUUCGUACGCCCUGCUAAAAACUUUACUUGGACAACUUUAAUGGUGAUUUUUUAAAACAUUUAUGUUUGUUGGACAUCACUCAGAUUCCAGAUAUUAAAAUAAUUUUCUACCCUGUAAAAAUUAUUGAUGCUUUUAUUUUUUUAGCUGAAUCAAAUAAACUUUUUUAGUCAUCUCAACUUACAUCAAUCAAACCGACUAAAAAUAUUAAUUUAAACUUAGUGUAACUUAAAAAAAAAUUAUUGGUACCUGAUUAACCUAUUAAAAUAAGUUAAAGCAACAUAAAACAUUUGUUGUCUUGACUUUUUGUCCUUCGAUUUUUUUUACAGUGUAAUAGCUACAAUAUCAAUAGAAAGCUUAUUCAGCUCUUAGAUUAUGUACAAAUCUUAAUUUUCAAAAAAGCUGACCCCAUAUUAUUGGUUUUGUUGUCCAGAGCCACAAUUUAUUUAAAAUUUCCAGUUUGAUCAGAAUAUGGUAUUUAAUAAAAUAUUAUUGCAGUGUUUUUCUAGGCAUGUACUUGCUAUUUGGAUGUAUGAGAGAUCCCACAUGAAAAAAAAUAUUAUAGUAGUUUGUUUUGUGGUAAGUACUAGUGUUUCUGAACCAACGUAUUGUUUAUGAAGUUUUCAGCAUACUGUAGUAUAAAAUAGAGAACUGAUAAACUGUUAUAAAUACUAUUGUACACUUUAUGCUACACUACGGUUAAACUGAUGUAUUGUAGUAUAAUAUUUAAUUAGUAUUGGGUAAUGUAUGCUACUAUUGCUGUAUCACCAUAUUAACAACGUGCAGAUUAAUUUUUUACUAUGGUUAAUAAACACUAUUUUGUUACUAUACAUUGCUGUAGUAUUUUUUUCAUAUGGGAUUCAUAUAAUUUUUGUGAAACCUUUCCUAUUAAAGCACAAAUAUGUCAGUAUAUCUACUUUAUCCAUAAAUGAUUUCACAAAAUAAGAAUACAUGCUCUACAGAGCUCUGUGCCGAUGUGAUAUUUGACUGUUGCCUGUGUUGUGUUUGCUUUACACACAUAUUAAUUGUUCAUCUUAAUGUUCAUUAUUGUAUGGAAUAAAAUAAAAAUGAUAAACAAU